AUGCUGGCCUUCCACGACGACAACUACAACCUUCUGUCCAUCUCAUCGCAAGAAGACCUGAUCCUACCUUUCAACCAGAAACGCCACAGCGAGCUGUUUGGGCAAGUGGUGCGUUCGGAGCCAAGGAAGGAGGAAGGCGAAAUCGAAGAUAUCCAUUCGGGCUACGUCAGACACCUCCACGACCCACAGACCUCAGACUACAGAAACCCAGAUGGAAGCUACAUUAGAGGUAAUAAUGCAGAGGAGGCCAGACUAGAUCCUCUUACUUUGCAAGGAAAGAGUGACCACUCAGUGGUGAAGCUUCCGCCGGAGAUCGCCAAGACAAUCAACAACAAUAUCUUGAGUUUGAGGGUGCCUUCUUUGAUCAGAGAAAGAGCAGCAGAGAUAUACCAAGCAUUGGAGAAGGAGCAGAUCCAGCGGGCGCCCGUUUCAGGGCUCGACAGUGACGCUUACAUUGCAGCGUUGUUUCUCCAGGAUUACGCCAACGUGAGGAAAGUCCUUGUGGAGCUUCAAAAACGGGUUGACACCUUCAACCCCGAUUCUGUCUUGGACAUCGGCUACGGGCCUGCCACUGGCAUGGUGGCCUUGAAUGAGCUUAUGGGUCAGGACUUCAAGCCUUCUGUGAAGGAUGCUUACAUCGUUGGGCGCCGUAAUUCUGAAAUGAAGAGAAGAGCCAAGAUCAUUCUCUCUCGUCAGCCUUGCGAGGUAGAGGCUCAGGCUACGGCUUCUGGAAAGAAGGCGAAGGAUUACGUUGGCGCCGUCGAUACCCGAAAGAUUGACGUUAAAACGAACAUUCGUGACUCGCUUUCUUCGGAGAGCAAGUACGACUUGAUUAUUGUGAAUCAGGCUCUCCUCACUCGUGAGCACAGCUUCCCUAGAGACGUUGAUGUGAACAUUGAGAUGGUGUUAGCUUUGCUCAAUCCGGGUGGACAUCUCGUGCUUGUGGAAAGAGGCAACCCGCUUGGAUUUGAGAUUAUCGCCAGAGCCAGGCAAGUCAUGCUCCGUCCUGAGAACUACACCGACGAAAAGGGCAAGAUUCCCAGACCGUACAUCCGUGGCUCCAAGCCGAAACCACAAAAGCUCAGGGCUGAGGAUCAGCUUAUCACCGAGGAACACAUCAAGAUGGAAGAGGAGCUUCUCAGGAAGAUCCAGGCCGAGGAGAAGGGAAUCGAGGACGAAGAUCUCGAAGAGCACUUAAACAGCAAAUACGGAGAGCUCAGCGAAGAUGAUCUCAAAUUUGAGGACGAAGAAGAAGUGGAGGUUUUGGACCCUCUGGAGUCACAUAAACCCAGCUACGAUGGUGUUGACUACCACUUGAGCGUCGUGGCUCCAUGCCCCCACCAUGGAAAGUGUCCUCUUCAAUUGGGCGACCCGUACUUGUACAAGGUCCGCAACCACAAGCACCGUUUCUCCUUCUGUUCAUUCAACAACGUGGUGGAGAGGCCAAAAUUCACCAUGGAGCUCAAGAAAGGUAAGAAAUUGGCGUCGCUGUGGGAUAAAUCGAAAUUGCUGAAGACGGAGCGCAAGGCCAUGGAAGGAAGCGGCAGACCCGGUGGAAACAAUACCGAGCUGGCUGACUACUCCUACCUUAUCAUGCAGCGUUCCCCCAAUGACGAGGCCUCCAUCAAGAAAAUCGAGUCGGACAGAGAGCAUUCUUCCAGUGUGGAAGAAGGUCCUGCCACCUGGCCCAAAAACGUCAAGCUCGACGUCUGUGCCGCGUCAGGCAAUAUCGAGACCUGGCAGGUUCCCAAAAGCUCAGGUAAGCAGACCUACCACGAUGCUCGUAAAGCCCGCCAGGGAGACUUGUGGCCUUUGGGCAAGAAGACCGUGAGCGUGAAAUCGAGAUUUUCAGAGGAGGGCAUGGCCAGAUUGAAGUCGAUGGCCAAGCUGCAGCGGAACAUUGUUCUUAAGGAGAAGAGAAAGAAGGAGUGGAAGAAGAUGACAGUCAAAGACCCGGCGCUUCUUGAGGACGACAGCGAGAUGGACCCAGCGACACUCAACAACAUCUAUGCUGCCAAGUUCACCUCGACCAAGAAGUACCGCCAGCAAACCAAGCGUCAUGAUUUUGACAAAUAG